CUCUUCUCUCUGCUACGCGGCAACUAGACAACGUCCUCUACCGAAGCCGGCCAUUCAUAGCCUGGUAGCAUGCAAGCUGUCUCCCGAAUAUGGCUUCGGAGCUAUUCAACCAAGCGGCCCAGGGCGCAGACCCUGCAUCGUCCGACCAGCCCGUCGUCAACCUCCAAGUAGUGUCGCCGUCUGUGGGCGUGAAUCGCCCUUUGCUCUUCCCUGGACUUGCGGCCGCCACCACCAUCAAGCAGCUCAAGGAGAAGAUCCGACAGACUCUCCCUUUGCGGCCGUCUGACGAGAACCAACGGCUCAUCUACCGUGGCCGAGCGCUUUUGCGCGAGACUGAUAGUCUACAAGAUGUGUUCGGCGCAGACGCUCUUCGCAGCCCCGAUCAACAGACAAUCCAUCUUGUCAUAAGAGAUGCUUCCGAUAGCGUAUCCCCAACGCCAUCUUUCUUGUCUGGAACUCAGAGCCCGGCUUUAGGAAACCAGCCUCCCAACCUCCAGCGACAGACGCCUCCUCAUGCUGCUUUUAUGGGACCACCUCCUCCGCCUGGAAUGGCAAGAAGAUCAGUGCUGCAGCCGACUCCGAAUCCUGCUCUGUCUCAACCUCGGAUGCCAUCCCCAGCUCGCUCGCACUCUCCAGCUCAUACUCCUGAACAGGCAGCGGCUUUUCAGCAGCAGCAUCAAAGUAUGACGCAAUGGUUGACCCAGACCCAGAGAGAAGCCAUGGCUCGCAUGGUCAACCAGAACCAGCGUGGCAGAGCUUACAUGGGCAUGCGCGGCAUUGGCGAUAACGCUGGUGCGAAUCAAGGGGCUUAUGGGGGUUAUGGUUCAGAGUCGAAUAGUGGAAGGGCAAGUCCGGCCCCGACGCAUACAAUCUACCGCGAGAUCAUUGGACCCAACGGUCACAGCUAUCAUGUAGAGACUGUUGUUCGAAAUGCAGCGGGCGGCCUGUCAGCGGCUUCGGCGCCACCCCACGGCGCACUGACUCCUACUGACGUUCACGGUAUUCUGCGAGGGGCGGAUGCGAACCAGACUCCGGUGUCCAUGGCAAACGCGCUGCACCAAAGCGGCUUGCGCCGAAGUGCAUCUAGUGCCUCGCUUCACAAUCGCCCGCUCACGCAACCAAGUAUUACUACUUCAGUCUUUGCCAACAAUGGCUCUCGAGCUAGCAGCGGUCGAGCCACGCCGGAUUUAGGGCUCAGAUCGGUUUCUGGCACGUUCAAUGCCGUCUCUAUGUCGGCACCAUCACUUGUCACACCUCAGUCGCGGCAAGGCGUUGAGGUGUACAUUCUCUCAUCUCCAGAAGGUCCCCGCGCCCUGGUUUUCAACAGUGCCGUGGCUGAAGCCUACUAUACGCCUAGGAUGUAUUUGCCAGCCGGUCACCAUCAACAGCUCCGACCCAGGACCAGCUUCCCAAGCUUGAUCCACACGAUGCAGGCGCAAAGCAGAGAUGAUGCUUUGCACCAAACAUCCCGCUUCGACGUAAGGCAGCCUGCUCAAAACUACCAAGCUCCAACACCGCAGCAACAACAGCAACAGCCACCACGCCAACAGCAGCAGCAGCAGCAACAGCAUGAUGACCAGCAGCCUCGGAUAGUUCCUCUGCAUGCUGGCAACCCUCCUGUGGGUUUGCCCAAUCUGCUGGUACAGGCGGCUCCUCAUAUCUGGCUCAUAAUUCGCCUUGCCUUGUUUGUGUGGUUCUUCAUGUCUCCCAACGCCUCCUGGUCGAGAUGGUUGACUAUAAUCGCUCUCGCCUUUUUCGUAUUCAUUCUCAGCACUGGAUUGUUGGCUGGUGUUGCUGAACAGGCUUGGCGCCCACUAGGACGACAUCUUGAAAAUGUGUUCCCUGCAGUAGACCCUGCUCAUGUUGGACAAGGAGGAGCUGCGGGUCGUGAUGGCGCCCCUGGAGCAGAUCAGAAUGGAAGCCCUAACCCAGCCCAGAUGGCCGCCAGGCUGGUUGCCGAGCGUCGUGGUCAAGAAUCUUGGCUCGCAGGUCAGCUGAGACGGCUAGAGCGAGCUGGCCUCCUGUUCCUUGCUAGUAUUGCGCCCGGCGUUGCAGAACGUCACAUUGCAAAUCUAGAAGCAGAGGCAAGAGCCCAAGAAGCUCGACGCAGAGAGGCCGAGGCGGCAGCGGCAGCGGCAGCAGCUGAAGCGGCCGCCGCAGAGAGCAAUGCAAACCACGAUGGAGAGACUGCGCCUGAGACGGAUGGAGGUGAGACGUCACAGCAAGAUGGGCAGAACAGCCGCGAGGAGAUGGAGAGAGAGAAAGCCGUUCGAGAAGGAAUUACUGCCGUGUAAAGCGUAUAUGGGUGGCGGGAGCUUAGCAAUUGCAUAAAAGGGACAGGACAUGAACAUGAUUUAAUAAUGCGGGUUUAGCGAUUGUAGAUUCUGUUAGGAGCAGGGGCGUUGAAACUGGUGUUUCUCACAUGAAGCCCUUGACUACGAACAAAAGCGGAGAAGAAGAAAAAAAAGAAAAUAAAAGAAAACAAAGGCUUGCAGGCUCAGGCCUUUUCAUGUACCUAUAAAAGACAAGAGCUAGAGCAUCACUGAAUCUGUGAAUAUGAUGGAUGGAGGCAUCUCACGAGUUCUGGACUUUAUACUAUUCUAGACACAAGCAGGCGAAGUGAUUUUAGCUGACGGAUGUCAUACAGGCUUGACAGGUACGUACUCGUGGGGUGCCUGCGGACCUCUUAUCUUAUCGGCAAUUUGACAUGCCCAAGUCAAGCUGUCGUCACAAACUG